GGAAAAGAAGGUUUUCCGGGGCGGUGGGUUGAUGGCAUGGGUGGAGUGCGGGAUGGUUAAGCUUGUUGGCCAGCGCACCGUCAGCCGGCGCCAUCAAGUCGAUCGAUCCAUGCCCGUUCGGGGCCUGCUUUAUUGGAGGUGGGAGCCAAGUUAUCAGACGCGGCGCGAAUUGGGAGCGGCCGUCGCGGCGGCAUGCUCAGGGUCGAGGGAGGUGCAGGCGUAGAGGAGGAGCUUCAGCUCGAGCUGGAGCGACUGGCGGGAGCGUCCAAGGUUGUGUUUGGCACAGGCGGCGGGCGGCGGGCGGCGGGCGAGGCCCGGUAUGGCGAGGUGCAGGCGUGAACGCGUCGGGCGGCGGUGGACUGGCAGCUGCGAACAGCUAGCAGCACGCGUCGCUGCUGUCGACCGAGUAAUGCUGGUGCUGGUGCUGGUGCUGGUGCUGGUCUGGUGCUGGUCCGGUGCUGGAAAGAGCCUCGGCGGUCGGGUAGCGCCUGCUACAGCACCUCCUCCUGGCUUGAGCCGCCGCCGCUGGGGCUCAUCGGGGGUCCAUCGCCGUCCAUCCACGCCCGUCCGCCAUAUCACCAGCGCCGCCAGUCCACCCCGACGUCCCAACUGCACGCUCACGGCCGGAGCACCCCAAGAUCGCUGGCUAUAUCGCGCUACUAUUCUGGGCAGAUUAAAACCACCCCCGUCGCGGCGGGAGCACGCCCCUCUCAUUAGCCCGCCCGCUCCUGGCACGCCCAGCGAUCCCAGGGGUCCUCCACCCACAGGCCACAGCCGCCAACCUCACGUCCUCACGGCAUCUUGCGCGGUUCCUGUGCUCAGUCCCCCGUCCAGCCCGGGCCUGCCCCCUCCCCCUCCCCCCCUGCCCAAUGGCGUGCACCCGAAUCGCACUCCGCACCAUCAUCGCCCUAUAGAAACAUGUUUCUUCUGCCCGCUGCACCUCCUUCACUCCCAGCCUGCGCCUGUCUCUGCUGCACUGCACUUGAAGCCAAUUGCUUAUCGUGAUCCACACCCCCAUCUUCCCUGCUCCCCCUAGAGCAGCAUAGUCCUCCCAAUCAGUCUAGACCGGCCAAACCUCCUCAGCCGGCCGACGCCCGCUGCUGGCCCCUUCGAGCGUGGCAUCAUUUUGCGUGCAGCCUGUUCGUGGACCGGCCUGGUCGCCUGCUCCUAUUCGGGCGAGUCGGCGGCUUUCACGCCUGGUGCGUGCUCCCGGGCCUGUAUAUCUAACUCCCCAGAUCCUGCCUCUACGUGCGUGCUCAGGUCGGGCACUGCCAUUUCUCUGUCCCCGCCUGUCCUACAUGACCAUCCCCACAGGCUCCACUCGGAACCGACGCUGUCCCUCUUUAUCUUCACAUC